AUGGGGACUAAGAGUGGUGACGAACACGCAAGCCCAAGAUCACCGGACACGACGACCUCCCUUGAAACUGAUAGCGACACCUACAGCACUUCCAGGCCCACGUACCCCCAUUCAACGCUGUCCACGGGGAGGAAACCUUGGAGGGGAAUGGUGGCAGCGGUGGAAACACCACUCGGCAUUAGAUUUUCUGGCACCAUCAAGGCGAGCGCCGACGGAGCAGAGACACCAGAGGAGGACACUUGUCGAAAAAUCAGCAAUGACCGACAGCCAGGGCCAGUCUCACCCAAGAGGGGAGCAAGGAGCACGGAGGCACACACCGAGAAAGGAAAGGGAUUGGAGGGGGUGGAGAGGACAGGGAGAGUUCAGAGUGGCGCUCAGAGUGCCGCGCCCGCUACGCCCAGCAGCUUGGGCCAGGCCUCAUGGGUUGAGGCAGGCAUGAGGGAGAGCAGUCCAGGGCAGGACCCCACCGUCCGCAGCUCUAGCGCGUGCGGCCGCGCCACGCUGCAGAGGUCCCCGCACGCAGCUUACAGGCGCGGGAACCUCCGUCGAAUCCCUAUGCGCCGCUGCCGGAAGCUGCAGCCCGACGCCGGCGACAGCAGCGGAGAGCUGGGGACUCGGCCACCGCAUCCAGGAAGCAGGCUUGCAUCGUGCCGUAGGAGACCGUCGGUGGCGGCGCGCUGUUGCCGAAUGCGGAUGCCAGGGGGGCGAAUCCGCUCCCCGGCCGUUGCCAUCCUUGCCUUCUCGGAUGCCACCGGCGCCAGGGACUGGAUGAAGCCCCAGGCGCGCCAGAUGCACGCGGGGGCCUGGCCACAGCGCCGGCCACCCGGCCGCUGCUGCGGCAGGCCAGCACGCACGGGAGGCCGCCACGGCAUGGCCACCGCCAGGCUCCUUCUCCAAGGCCUCGCCGUCAUGGUGAGGCCGCGCACCAGCACCACCUUCGCGCUACACCGGCUCCCUGUGCACAGAUCCAGGCGGCGAACUGAUCCCACUUGCCAUUUUUGCCAGAAAGAAAAGAUGGCGACUCGUGUUGACUUCCUGGGGAAGCGGACACAAUCCUACUUUUUGGGCGUUCGGAUCGAUCAAUCAAUCCCGCCUGCCAAAGUCGUGGGAGGUGCAGGCAUGGCUGCAGACGAGACGACAGGAUGCGCCGCCGUAGCCGACAGAUGCGUGGAGGCAGCAAGAUUGGAAACCCCGCGGUGGGAUCCGCUGCCUCGUGAAGUCGGGCUGCGGCAGACGAUGCCGCAUCCUCUGCCUGUCCGCCGCACCGGAUUGCUCGUAUUCUCGCAUCCUCCCCUUCCUCAUCGAAGCUCCUUCCGUCACCAGAGAAGAAUCCAUGGGAGAGCCCCAUCUCGGCCUAGAUCCAGCCACAUUCGCCCUCAUAUCUCCUUCCCCGUUCAUUUUCCCCUUUCAGCUAUCAUCUAUGUUCUCUCCGGCGGCGGCAGUUCGGAAUGGUGGGCGACCACGCGCUGCGGCGGCCCGGCGCGCGAGCAGGCGGCGGCAGCGACCCCGGCGCAGUUUACUCCGUCAACAGACAACAGCUGA